AGGACCAAUAUGUAAAAUACUCUGUCUAUAAAUGAUAAUGGCAUCAUGUACUACUCCACUCACAAAAAUGGAGUUCUUCAACAAGAAAUCAGUGAUAUUUCUCCUAGUAAUCACUUUUCUUAUCUGUUCGUCGUAUGCAAGUCGCCUCCCUCAAGAUCGGGUAGAAGAUGGUGAAUUGGUUGGUGUAGAUGGAUUAGGUGAUGUGGCCAAAGGACUGGUGAACAAGAUAAAACAGCUGUUUGGAGGGGCAAAUACGGGUCCAAAGAAGGUUUUCAAGAUAGGGGUGAAGACUGGAAAAGCUUAUAACACCGUAACAGGUAAAUGUUUGAGUCAAUUCAAGUGUUCUCGCCCACGUGAGUUGCCUGGACAUGUGACUUGUGGUGCAUACUGUGUUUACACAUUUGUAGCAAGCUCAGGUAACUUCGCUCAGUGCCAACAGACUUGUAAACCAAAUCUAAAUUGUACUUACCAGAAUGGUAGUAUCAAAUGUUCACCAUAAAGAGACUCUGAUUUUGUUUUACUGUAUUUUUCUUUCCGUAUUAUCCAAAUGUAUUUCCUUUUAAUGUAUGUUUCUUACCAGAAUGGUAGUAUCAAACGUUCACAAUAAAGAAACUCUACUAUCCAA